UUAGCUAGUCGACAGGAGGAGGAAGCCUGAGUGGCGCUUCAGCCGUAGGCAGUUGGUGGUUGUGCGACGUCAGAAGUUAACUAUCUGUUCCUUCUUGGCUAAAGUACUGAAAUUUCAAACCCUGUACUCGACAACAGUCUCCACAGCAGGCCCUCUCAUUGUGCACAGUAAUCAUGGCAGAAGCCCACCAGGCUGUGGCCUUCCAGUUCACAGUCACACCAGAGGGCAUUGAUCUGCAGCUGUCCCACCAGGCCCUCUCUGAGAUCUACCUCUCUGGUGUGCGCUCAUGGAAGAAGCGUAUCAUCAGAGUCAAGAACAGUGUGAUAACAGGUGUUUAUCCUGCUAGUCCAUCCUCCUGGCUGUUUGUGGUCAUAGCAAUCCUGGCUACCAUGUACACUCGCUCUGACCCCUCCAUGGGACUCAUAGCAAAGAUACAGGAGCACCUGCCAGUCAGCCAGUCCAUGAGUACACAGUGCCAAGCGGUGGUGUCAGCUAUACUCUUCAGCACCAUGUUAUGGCUCUUGCUCAUCUUCACCAUGCGGCUGUGCCUAAAGCAGCUCCUCUCCUACCACCGAUGGAUGUUCGAGCAGCAUGGAAAGAUGUCCACUACAACCAAAGUUUGGGUGGCGCUGGUGCGAAUCUUUUCUGGCAGAAAGCCUCUGCUCUACAGCUACCAGGGCUCACUGCCAAACCUCCCUCUACCUACCAUUAAGGACACAGUCAAGAGGUACAUGGAAUCAGUUCGUCCACUGAUGAAUGAUACAGAAUAUGAGCGAAUGACCAAGCUGGCCGCGGAGUUUGAGGGCAGUCUUGGCAAUCGCCUGCAGUGGUACCUCAAACUCAAAGCUCUCUGGGCCUCAAACUACGUUAGUGACUGGUGGGAGGAGUAUGUCUAUCUACGUGGGAGAAAUCCUAUAAUGGUCAACAGUAACUACUAUGGCAUGGACUUCUUGUAUGUGACUCCAACACCCAUCCAGGCAGCCAGGGCAGGCAACAGCAUCCAUGCAUUUUUCCUGUACCGCCGCAAACUCAAUAAGGAGGAGCUUAAACCUAGUCGUAUCCCAGGCAUUGACAUUCCUCUGUGUGCAGCUCAGUGUGAGAGGAUAUUCAACACCACACGCACUCCUGGAGAGGAGACUGAUACUGUGCAACAUUGGCAUGACAGCGACUACAUAGUGGUGUACCACAAAGGUCGCUACUUCCGUCUCAGGGUGUAUCAGGCAGGCAGACUCCUGUCGCCAAGAGAGAUUGAAUUCCAAAUUCAGAGAAUCCUUGAUGACUCUACACCUCCCUACAAAGGAGAGGCCAGACUUGGUGCCCUAACUGCUGGAGACAGAAUUCCAUGGGCUAAAGCCAGGGCAAAGUAUUUCAGCAGUGGGGUCAAUAAACGCUCCCUGGACUGCAUUGAGAAAGCAGCCUUUUUUGUGACCCUGGAUGAUGAAGAACAAGACAUGAUGGGAGACAAUCCAGUAGCUAGCUUAGAUCACUAUGCCAAGUCUUUGUUGCAUGGCAAAUGCUAUGACAGGUGGUUUGACAAGUCUUUCUCAGUGGUUUUCUACAAGAAUGGAAAGAGCGGCAUAAGUGCAGAGCACUCAUGGGCUGAUGCACCAGUGGUUGCACAUGUAUGGGAGUAUGUCCUAGGGACUGACAGUUUUCAGCUUGGUUACAAUGAAGAAGGUCAUUGCAAAGGAGAAGUGGAUUCAUCACUGCCUCAACCACAGAAGCUCAACUGGGAAAUCCCUCCAGAAUGUGAGGAGCAGAUCACCCAGUCCCUGGUGGUGGCACAAGCCCUGGCCAAUGACGUGGACUUCCACGUUUUCUCCUUCCGAGACUUCGGCAAAGGCAAGGUCAAGAAGUGUCGAGCCAGUCCUGAUGCCUUCAUUCAGAUGGCUCUUCAGCUGGCCUACUACAGGGAUCGGGGGAUGUUUUGUUUGACGUAUGAGGCCUCCAUGACCCGUCUGUUCAGGGAGGGCAGGACCGAGACUGUUCGCUCCUGCACCAAUGAGAGCAGUGCCUUUGUCAAAGCACUGGAGGGUGGAGAGACAGCAGAUGUGUGCAGGCGUUUGUGCCGUGCAGCAUCAGAUAAACACCAGCAGCUAUACCGCAUGGCCAUGACCGGAGCUGGUAUUGACAGACACCUUUUCUGCCUUUAUGUGGUGUCCAAAUACCUCGGAGUGGAGUCUCCGUUCUUGAAAGAGGUGCUAUCCGAGCCAUGGAGGCUGUCCACAAGUCAGACUCCUCUCCAGCAGGUGGAGCUGUUUGACUUGGUCAACCACCCAGAAUACAUUUCUUGUGGAGGCGGCUUUGGACCAGUGGCUGAUGAUGGCUAUGGGUUGUCUUACAACUUCAUGGGAGAAAACGUCAUGAACUUCCACAUCUCGUGUAAACGCUCGUGUCCCGACACUGAUCCUCAUAAGUUUGGUGACCAGAUCAGAAAAGCUCUGCACGAUCUCCUAAAGCUGCUGAGUCCUAACCAGAAGGAACCCAACAAAACACCGGAGAGCCGACCUGAGGUCAAAAAAGAGCAGUAGAUACUUCAUCAGGGGGAAGGAGGAAGGAAGAGGAGUAGAAAGAUACAUCAAGUCGGGAACGGCAGAUUUUUGUUCCUUGUGCACUGAAAGUCAGUCAGGUGGUUGAUAAUCAAAAACUCAUUUUUUUAUUGAUUAUGGCAGUGAAGGUGGUAUUUUUAAUAGUGUCUAUAUUUGCAUAUGUGUUUAUUAACCGUGUGUGACAGAGAGGAUAAGGACCACAGAAGAACAAAUCAAGAAUAGGUUUGGUUUAGUUUAAUAGUCAAACUCCUUGAUCUUAUGUAAUCCAGAGCCGAGAUAAAUAGUUAUAAAUAUGAUGUAGGGUUACAGUAAGAAGAGGCCAGUAAUCAUUGCACCACUCAGUGUUGGGGUAGUCUAUCCUAACAUCACUCUACUGCAGGGAGCAUUUAGUGCAGUAUGUUUUAACAGUAUAAAAUAUGCCUAUUUCUGCCACCACAUCUAUCUUGUUUAAUAAAAGCAGCUGGAAGUGUUUGAUACAUUUUGAUUAAUGUGGUAUUAGAACAGAGAAAACACGAAGGACUGUGGAGGUAGUUUUUAUUUUCUACCAUCUGAAUGGAAAAUUGUUAAAGUGACACCAGGAUAUUUUUUAAAACUGGGAAGGCUGACCUCUGAGUGUUUACUCAGUAUGUGUAAAUCUGCUUUUACAUACAUGAUUGUAAUGCUGUGCUCAGUGCCAGGUGGUGCAGUGGGAUUAGAGACUCCUUUAAAUUCAGCGCUGUUUGAUGGGAAUUAUUUUCAGUGUCAACUCAUUCAGGAAACAACUUCUGGAUUGCUUCUUUUAAAAACAAGAUCUAGCUGUACCGUCCAUAAAGUCCACUUUUUCACUGCAACCAUCAUGUUUUAUUCUUUGUUUUUAUGUAAAAAAAAAAAGCACCAUAACAAUGCAAACUAUAUUUAUGAACAUGAUGUGCAAUGAUUCACUCAGCAGCACUACAGGUCAGGUGUGAAGUGUUCUGCAAGUGUCACAAAUCUAUUAUCUCCACUGCCUUUUUUGAUUUUCAUUUCAGAUCCGACCAGCUUGUUAUAUUAUGUCAUUGCUAUCGUGAGGCUUUUUAAUUCAAUAUUACAAUGGAACAUAAAGACAUUCUUAAUAAAAAAGUAAAAAGAAAAGCUUCUCUUUGCUUGGACUUUCUUAUGGUUUGGGUUAUUAAUUUGAAUUAAGCUACAAUCAUCUGGCAAGCUCUUCAUUUUGUACAAUGUUUAAUUUUAAUUCCCUUUCAAACAUUAGUGCAUCAUGCUUCACAUAUGAAGCAGCAUUCCCCACCACUUAAAAGCAGUGUGAUGAAUCCUGUUAAUAAAAUGUAAACAGGCCUUAAUAUGCUGGUUUUUAUAAAUGCAAAUGGCCAAAAAAGUAAAAAUAAUAAUAAAACAAACAGAUAAGACAUUAGGAAAGCAAAAAUGUGGUUCCCUGAAAACUAAAUGUGUCAAAUGUCUUGUCAAUAUUGCUUUAUAAAAACUGCACAGAAACUUGAUAUGUUUUAGGAAUAUUCUUGGAUGACAAAUGGAUGAGCAAACGCCACAAAGUCUUUAAGUCUGACUUUGUUUUUGAGUUUGAGUACAACUAAAUCUGAUUUUAUGUCAUGUUUUUACAGGCUGUGCAAACUACUCCAGCUCAAAUGCAAAAACAGAUGGCGUCCGUAUGUACAUAUGUAUAUUUUUCCAGGAUGGCAGAUCAGGCUUCAUCGGUUUUUAUUCUUUUCCUUUUAAUUGAAAUUACUUCCAUCAGGUUGGACUCUCUUGUUCGGAGUUGUGGAGGCAAGAAAAUACUGUACCUUUAAUUAAACCAAUUGUAGUUAUAUCACUAUGCUAGUUAUUUGUAACUUGUAGCAAUGUUCAAAAACUAAUGAAAGAUGUCAGAGUUUACUUCUUUCAGAAUAGCUUCACUCACACCAGAAAUAUUCAAACUGAUGGAUGACCUCAUCUCAACUCUUAUCCACCUUGUAAUUUUUUUUCCCUGUGGCUGAAUAAAC